GACAGCGAGACAUUUGGACAAUGAACUAAAAGUUACUAUAAAAGGCUUAAACAAAAACAAUUUAAAACAUUCCAACAUCAGUCGACAACAACACCAACAACAAAGCACAAGGCAAAGAAGGUCAUCAUGGGUGGAGGACAGUCAAAGUCCAUCGCUUCGAAAACAUCCAGAGCUACAAGAGGCGAACGUGGAACUGCGGGAUCAGAUUCAUCUGCUAUGGACAAAACUCCAGCCUCCAGCAAUAUGAAGGGAGAGGAUAAGGACGACGAUAAAGAGGAUGGGAUUGUUGGGGAAGGUUUGCUGGGAGAAGGACGUUUUCUUGAAGUGCCGAGACGAGCCCACAAUGUUUGCGGAAUUUUUGAGGACACUUAUCUGAUUGUGGAGCCUUUUGACGAUCAAAUGGAAAGGGAUUUGGCUAUCUACAGUAUCUUCAACUCGCAGCAGCCGUGGGCACCUCCAGUUGUUGCAUAUAUUGCUAGACCAGAAGCAACUCGAAGAGAUGCAAAAGAGUCAUUUGACGCAUUCCUGCAAGUCUCGAAAGCUCAUGAUGCAAAAGAAGGAAAGAACGGGCUUAAGUUUCCUCACAUCCCAAAGUGUGUAUUGAAAGGGAAAUUGAAAAGGCUUGUCUUUGGUAUUGAAGAAUUCCAGCAAUACGAACACGACCCGGAUUGGAUUAGUAGACCAGCAAUUCUCUACAAUAUGCCGGCCGGAGUUUUUGUUAGUUCUUUGUUGGCAAAUGCCCCUCUUGGGAUUGAGGAGCCUUGGCUUGCUUUAAAUGUUGGAAUUGGUCUAGUACAAGCUUUGAACUCUCUUCACAAAUUGGGAUUCAUCCAUCGCUAUGUUACUCCUUGGAACUUUUUGUUGAAGACUCCAUUCACAAUAGAAGGGUUAAGAGAUGAUGUUAUGCACAUGGAUUUUAGUUUGGCUGUUAAAUGGCCUUCAAGGCAGAACAAGCAAAACGAUUUGGUUGGAACGCGCAAAUAUAGUUCAAAGAGAGCUCUUACUCGGCAUGUUCAGGUACUUUAUUGGAGGGACUUUUCUCUUUUAAUUAUCAGACCUAUUGAGAGUAGAGGGAUAGCUGAGAGCGGUCCAGCAGAUGACUUUAUUUCUGUAAUCUACAUUGUUGCCGAAUUGAUUAGUGGAAAGCUUCCUUGGCGUGCAGCAAAAACGGUUGCUGUCUCUGCUCAAUUGCGUGAUACUUUUGCCACUCAUGUUGUCUUCACUCGUUUGCCUAGAGAGAUUCGUCUUCUAUAUCAUAAACUCAAUCGAACCCCUGGAACUGUAGAUCCCGACUAUGGAAUGAUAUUGAAAAGCUUCUUUGGUGCACUUAAAAGAAAAGCGCCAGAUUUGCAGACAAAGGAACUUCCUGAUUGGAUGUCGAUGCCUGCAACAUAA